GUCUUUUCUCUUCCGCGGGGAGGGAGGGCAUGUGGAUCGUUGGCAGCGUGAGGAUUCGCGAUUGCCUGGCGGCCACUUCCGCUACCCUGCACCGGUGCCUGAAGCUAGGGGCGACCAUGGCCAAGAGUAAGUUCGAGUACGUGCGGGACUUCGAGGCCGACGACACCUGCUUGGCCCACUGCUGGGUGGUGGUGCGGCUGGACGGCAGGAACUUCCAUAGGUUUGCGGAGAAGCACAAUUUUGCGAAACCUAAUGACAGCCGUGCUCUCCACCUGAUGACCAAGUGUGCCCAAACUGUCAUGGAAGAACUGGAGGAUAUUGUGAUUGCCUACGGACAGAGCGACGAGUACAGCUUUGUGUUCAAGCGUAAGAGCAAUUGGUUUAAAAGAAGAGCAAGUAAGUUCAUGACUCACGUGGCCUCCCAGUUUGCCUCCAGCUAUGUGUUUUAUUGGCGGGAUUUCUUUGAGGACCAGCCUCUUCUGUAUCCCCCAGGCUUUGAUGGAAGAGUUGUGGUGUAUCCUAGCAACCAGACUUUAAAGGACUACCUCAGCUGGCGGCAAGCAGAUUGCCACAUCAAUAACCUGUACAACACGGUGUUCUGGGCACUCGUACAACAGUCUGGACUCACGCCCGUGCAAGCCCAAGGAAGACUGCAGGGGACUCUUGCUGCAGACAAGAAUGAGAUUUUGUUUUCUGAGUUUAACAUCAACUACAACAACGAACCACUGAUGUACAGGAAAGGGACGGUGUUGAUAUGGCAGAAGGUGGAUGAAGUCACGACAAAAGAAAUCAAGCUGCCAGCAGAAAUGGAAGGGACCAAGAUGUCAGUCACCCGGACACGGUCGAAACCGGUGGCCUUGCACUGUGACAUCAUCGGGGAUGCUUUCUGGAAAGAACACCCAGAGAUCCUGGAUGAUGACAGCUGACCCCGUGCCCCCUGACUCCGGCGCGUGAAACAUACGAGCCCCCCACACCCCCACCUCCAGCCUUGGACAGGGCUCCUGGGCCUCUGCCAGCCAGGACUGUGUUGGGCAGCGGCACGGCCAUUGGCAUCGGGAGAGGGGACAGCAAGGACGGGGGCUUGCUCAGGGCAAGUGUGUCUGGCCACAGAGUGUGGAGGCCGCCUUUCUUGCCCUGUUCGAACAUGGUCCCUGCCGUGGAAGUGCAUUUUAAAGAAUCCAUGCUACUCUUUUUAUAAAGCAAGAAACUAUA